AUGAAGAACGGUGCUUACUGGAAAUAUAUGUAUCCGGAAGAUGUUAAUGGCGAGCUUUCGGCAUUUUAUGUUUGCAUUCGUCACCAAAAAUGUGAACAAUGGAUGAAGAAAACAUUUUAUAAUCUUCCAAGAAUUGUCAAAAUAUUUGAACUGGCAAAUAAAACACACAAUCUUGAAGGUGGAAAUAAUAAUAAUAAUAAUGAAGAUGAGAGUGAUGCGGAACUGGAAAAGGUAAAUGCAGCUUUUAUGAUUAUUAACAAGGAUUUGCUAAACAUGCAAAAUUGGUAUUUGAGUCCCUUUCUCUUCCCUUUCCAUCACGUAUUAAAUGAGGGAAAUGCCUGAAGAUACAACACGACAAGUAAAAGUAUAUCCCAAAACUGAAUCCCUCAUAAUAUGGACUUAAUGUAAAUAAAUUUAGGCGAUUCCUAAAAAUCAUUUUAAAAAAUGAGUCUAUUGAAAACAC